CAUUGGUGAUUCCUCUUUUUUUUUUGUCAACCUCCAGCCGAAGCUACCUGAGGUGUCCUAAAUUUUCCCUAAUUUAAUCCUAGAAAUGGGAUUUGUCAAAGUAAUCAAGAACAAAGCUUACUUCAAGCGUUUCCAGGUCAAAUUCAAGAGACGACGAGAGGGUAAAACCGAUUAUUAUGCCCGCAAACGUCUGGUGACCCAGGAUAAGAACAAGUAUAACACGCCUAAGUAUCGAUUUGUCGUUCGGUUUACUAACAAGGACAUCACAUGCCAGAUAGCGUAUGCCAAACUGGAAGGGGAUGUAAUUGUCAGUGCUGCUUAUGCACAUGAGCUUCCCCGUUAUGGCAUCAAGGUCGGGUUGACCAAUUAUGCUGCAGCUUAUUGCACUGGUCUUUUGCUAGCACGUCGUCUGCUCACCAAGCUGAACCUGCAUGAGAUCUACACGGGAACAGAUGAGGUCAAUGGAGAAGAGUACAAUGUGGAGAGUGUUGAUGGAUCUCCAGGAGCAUUCAGGGCUUUCUUGGAUGUAGGACUGGCAAGAACCACCACUGGAGCAAGGGUGUUUGGUGCUCUGAAAGGAGCUGUAGAUGGGGGCCUUGACAUCCCUCAUAGCAUGAAGCGUUUCCCAGGUUAUGAUAGCGAGUCCAAAGAUUUCAAUGCUGAAAUACAUCGUAAUCACAUCUUUGGUCAGCACGUGGCAAAUUACAUGACAGAGUUGAGAGACCAAGAUGAAGAGGCCUACAAGAAACAGUUCUCUCAGUACAUUAAGAACGGCAUUGCACCAGAUCAGAUGGAGGAGCUCUACAAGAAAGCCCACGCAGCCAUU